AUGCAGUACUCGGCCAGAAAACUCGCGGCCUGUCUCCUGGCUAUCUAUGCCCAAGAGACUUUCGCCAGACCACAAGGUACUCCGGCCCAGAGUUCCAGUGCUGAGGUCGGUGUAGGCAGCGAGGCUUCGGCAAUUCCAAUUGCGACAUCCGCUAUCAGCAUCAGCGUUGCUACCAAUACCACAAUAGCGUCAGAGGUUCUGGUCAGCAGUUCCUCAGAAUCCAUCGCUACCUCUCCUGCUUCAGAGCCUACUGCAAGCAGGUUGCGGCCGCUUCCAGGGCUGCAAACUGAAGCAGCUGGCCCAUUGGUACCUCUCCCAGGACUUGCCAGCGACAUACCACCGGUAGCUGUACCAACAGCAAUUGCGGGAGACGCGGCAGUUGUUGACGAGACCACGGGGGUAACUUCGGAGACGGCAGCACCUGCCGAAUUAUCAGUGUCUCUGAGGCCUCUUCCUGGCCUUGCUUCGUCGGCCGUGGAUGAGGCAGCUUCCCCGGUUACCACGACCAGUGGACUUAUCUCUCUUAUCCCAGAGGCUUCGACGACUGCUGAGACAUCAGUAGUGUCGUCGGAUGAGUCCACUACAGAAGUAACUUCAACUCCCACAUCAACCCUCGAGUUGUCGAGCCUUAUCUCCUCGAGCGCCGUCGUCUCUGAGGACUCAACUUUCCCUAGCUCUGUUGCACUCGAGAAAACAGCAACCGAGGCAAGUACGACUGAAACUGCCGUUGCCGACGCGACAUCGACGGAUGCCAUCAGCGGCUUCCUCACCUCAGUUCUCACCGAGUCCUCCACCAGCCCUAGUUCCGCGGCCGCACAGACAACCAGAGCCGCGAUAACUUCGCGUCCAUCCGGAUUCUUCCCCAUCAUAAACGGCACUGCCCCGGGAGCCAGCGGAGUAGCCGGAGGGAAGCCACACGGAACCGGUACAGCCCAUCAAUCGCUGGUGACCGGGAUCUCAAGCCCAUCUGGUACUGGUGGCAUCAGGUUCGGCAACUCGACACAGACUUCAGGGCUGUCAACUGCAGUGACAACCAGCAGAGGCGGUUCAGGUAGCCUCAUGACACUAAAUACCGUCUCGGAUGGAAUAACUCAGACACUGGUGACGGCCGUAGCGGCGCAGACGUCGGGCAUUGCGCGGAACGCGUCGACUACUGCGACCACCGGAUCGGAUUCGGGAGCCGGAAGGCCUUUGGAUAUGGUGGGUGGUGCUUUGGUCGCUGGUGUUGCGGGCAUGCUGGGGAUGUUAUUGCUGUGA